UCCAGCCGGCGCACCCUACUCACUGAAAUCAAGCACCUGUUGGUUCGAGAAUCGAGAUCGUAAGGCCGGCUCCCCCAACUCGACCAUUGUUUGUCUGGAAACGAAGCCGGUAAAGCGUUCACAUCCAGUCUCCUCUCAAUCCGCGUGUGUGUACAAUACUUUUCUGUCCGCAACAUGUCUACCGAACAGGCCGCCGUCCCCGCCGAAGAGCAGAAGACCGAGAAUGGUACCUCCGAAGUCAAGGAAAACGGAUCAGCAGAAGAGGCCCCGGCGGAAAACCAAGCCGAGAAUGAGAGCCCGAAGGAAAUGCGAGCAGUCGUCCUGACAGGAUUCGGAGGCCUGAAGUCCGUGAAAAUCCUGAAAAAGCCCGAGCCCACCCCUGGCGAAGGGGAGGUCCUCAUCAGGGUGAAGGCAUGCGGCCUCAAUUUCCAAGACCUUAUGGUACGCCAAGGCGCCAUCGAUUCGCCCCCGAAGUGUCCCUUCAUCCUUGGUUUCGAGUGUGCCGGUGAAAUCGAACAACUAGGCGAAGGGGUUGAAGGACUUGCCGUUGGAGAUCGUGUGAUUGCCUUACCCGAAUUCAGGGCUUGGGCCGAACUCGUAACGGUUCCUUCCAAAUAUGUUUUCAAAUUGCCAAAUAACAUCAGUUUCCUAGACGCUGCUGCCAUGACCAUGAACUACACCGUGGCCUACAUUUUACUUUUCGAAUUAGCUGGACUGACUAAGGGAAAAACUGUUUUGGUCCAUUCCAUUGGUGGUGGCGUGGGACAAGCUAUCGUGCAGUUAGCUAAAACCGUCGAGGAUGUUACCAUUAUCGGCAUCUGCUCAAAAGGCAAACACGAAACUCUGAAGAACGCCAACUCCCCUAUUGACCAUCUCUUGGAACGUGGAAACGACUACCCUAGCGAAGUCCGCAAGAUUUCGCCAGAAGGUGUGGAUAUUGUGCUUGAUUGUCUUUGUGGGGAGGAAUGCAACAAAGGUUAUAACCUACUCAAACCAAUGGGGAGAUACAUUCUUUAUGGAUCUUCUAAUGUGGUUACUGGCGAAACCAAGAGCUUCUUCAGCGCUGCCAGAUCGUGGUGGCAAGUGGACAAAGUAUCACCAUUGAAACUGUUCGAUGAAAAUAGAACCAUUUCUGGUUUCAACUUGAGACAUCUCAUGUAUCAACAAGGACAAGUCAAGUUUGUGCAACAGGUUAUUGAAAAAAUAUUCACUUUCUUCCAAGAGGGUAAAAUCAAGCUUCUUGUGGAUUCCACCUGGGCUUUAGAAGAUGUUGCCGAAGCCAUGCAGAAAAUGCAUGAUCGUAAGAACGUUGGAAAACUUCUUCUGGACCCAAGCUUAGAGCCUAAACCAAAACCAGCAACUCCAGCAAAGGGCAAAGAUAAGAAAAAGCAAUCUUCAGAGGAGAAGAAGGAAGAAGCUAAGGAGAAAGACAAGGAUAAGAAAGUAGAAGAAGAGAAGAAAGAAGAUAAGAAAGAAGAAGAGAAAGAAGAUAAAAAAGAGGAGAAAAAGGAUGAUAAACCCGAAGAGCAGGUAACCAAUGGAGAACCGGCAAAAGAAGAGAGUAAAUAAUUUUGAAUUCAUCUAGGUAUUAUUUCAUUUCAAUUCUAAUUUUAUUCUCUGAAAUUUUUUAAAUAAUUUAUAUGUCAGAUUUUAUCGUAUUGUUUUCAUGAUUUUUCCAAUUUAUUGACUUACUGUAGAAACAUUCGUAUUACUUAUUACAACUAGCAUAAGUUGCUUAAUUAAUGUUGUGGAUUCAUAAUGGAAAGAUUCCAUUAGGGUCGACUGAAUGCUCUGUUCUUCAAAAGAACCUAUUUUCUUACCAUGUAGUUUUUAGCUUGUUUGUGAAGUUUUUUGUUUUCUUCUUGAAUUUCUAUUGGAGCAGAUCUCAUCGUGCUGAAGUAUACAAUUUAAAGCUGUGUUACCAAGGUGAUUCUGAAUUAUCUCGGGAAUUGAAUUGUACACUCCCUAGUUGAGUUUUGUGGGACAGCAGCUUUAUGUUGAAACAUAAGACAGGUUUUGAGAUCGCUGUCAAGGCAAUUCAGAUCGAAUGAUCAUGCCCUAAACCUCAAUUAGUCUAGUGCUACAAUUCGAAAAUCGAUGAGUUGCAUAAUUUGUUUUACUAUUUUAUUUGUGAUUGAACCUAUUUUAUUCUGUACACAUUAUUGAUUGCAUUAACAAUCCGAAGCCUAGGAACAUAUCCUUUUGGAUCAGACCAAAGUAAUAUACAAAUUUUUUAUACAAAUAUAUUUUUUCAUUAGUUAGGCCUUUAUAGCUAUAUUUGUACGCUUAAAAACUUUCGAAGGUUUAAAUCAUCUGAUCACAGGUAUUUUGUGAAGCUUUGAAAAUUUAUGAGAUUAGUCGAAAUUCUAGUUUUAUUGAGAUAUUUUUGCUAUAUAAUAUUUUAAAAAGCAUAUCAAGUUGUGUAAGUUUAUUUUUCAUGCAGUUUAGUUUUUAAGAAUUUACUAAAUCUGGAUAAGUAUCAUAAGUUUUCCAUAGGAAUCAACAGAUACGCUGGUUUUAUGAGAUCAGAAACAAAAUAUCGCUAGGCUGAUGGCUUCUGGUCGGGGCAGCUUACUUCGAUAAAAAUGCACUCUUUGUAAGGGUCAGUGUGAUUGAAAUUUUCUUUGUGUUUGGUCAAAUUUCUUUGCGGAAAUUGGUUAGCAACAACAGGUUGACUUGUUGAAAUGCGCUGUAUUUUUUUCACAAAAUCUUUUCUAUUAUUUAUUUGACUCAUGUUAAGGAAUGAAUCCUGAGGCAAAGCCAACUCUUAAUGAUCUUAUCCAUCGUGUCUACUAUAUUCCCUUCAUAUAUGUAAGAAAAAGCUAAGCAAAACAAAGUUUUAUUGAUGAAUUAUGGCCAUGUUAAGUAAAAUCGUUUCGAAUAUGUGGAUUAUAUUUUUGUUGAGAUAAUUUACUUGAAACAAUAUAAUAUAUUUGCUACCAGUUGCUUAAAAAUAAGCUUUCCAAUAUUUUUGGGGAGCUUCAAAGUGAUCAUGAUGCUGGUUGUCCUUAAUGCCUCCAAAAAUAUCAGAAAACUUUUUCUC